AUGCUUCUUUUAAUAAUAUCUUCUAGUUACUGUCGCAUGUCAUCCGGUUUGCUUGAAGAUAUAGAAGAAGCUCUCAGUUCUCGCGAAAGAACUAGGGAUAAACUAAGAGAGAAUUCUUUACAUUUCUCAGCUUCAAACGACAUAUGGAAUAGAUUCUAUGAUAAUGCAGAAAUUAACACACAUGUCAAUACAAAUCGAACUGUCAAAGGAUGCGACCACGUCUUUGUUGAUUACGUUCUUUUUAAAAAUUUUAGUCCAGAAGGUGUUAUUCGAAUUUCUGAACCAACUGCAGAUACAAAAGUUCUUGUUUCAACAUCUUCUUUUAUUAAUUGUUCUUCUAAUAAAAACGGGGGAUCAAUAUAUAUGGCAAUAUCAGAAUUUGGGGAAGGAGAUGGAUCAUUUGUUCAAUACAAAGUCUGUAGUUAUGAAUCUAAGAUCACAGAAGAUUAUAAAACAGGAUCUCAUUCAUAUAUUUGCGUGACAAAUGAUGAUAAUCACAAGAAUUUUGUUAUUGAAUCAUCAUUCACUCAAAGUACAGGAGCUUCAGCUGUUUUGUAUAAUAGAUAUGGAUCUAUUCUGUUAUCAUCAAUAAAUAUCUCUGAUUCAAAUCUUGAAAAAAAUACAGCAUUUUCUAGUGUGAAGCCAUCUUCUCUUUCAACAACAAAUUUUAGUAAUUUCAAAAAUAUUUCAUCAAGCGAACAAUGUUGUUUUUAUCAUCAGGAAAAUACACAAAAUUUCUAUUUUUGUAAUGUUAUUAAUAACAAAGUUUCUAAAGAUGGUGAUGGAAUUUUCUAUCUCUAUGAAGUUACAUUUUCAGUAAAUCAUUGUUUCUACAAAGGAAACAAUGCUUCUAAUUUAUCAGUAAUGUCUAAUGAAUAUUUCUUAGUUACUGUAAAUGAAUGCCAUUUUGAAGAAAACACAUUUCCAACAGAUAAAUAUUAUAUUAAGAAAUCAAGUUCAAUGACAGAAUUAAAUCUUUCUAAUUUAUAUUCUCCUUAUUUAUGUGCACUUCCAAAUCGUACAAAGAUUAUUUUACAUACAGAAGGACCUAAUUUCAUCCAUCAAUGGCGUUUACGUCGUUAA